AUGAGUGGUGUGGAAGUUCUACCUAACGGAGCGAUAGCAGAAGCUGCGUCACAAAUGGCCUGGUUCCUGCCUAUAUUGCUUGGGACCGUUGCUCUUUUCAAUUUCAAUUCCGAGUUAAGAAUCACAGACCAGCCCGGCGAUGAGAUAGCCAACGAAUAUGAUUUCAUUAUAGUCGGCGCUGGAUCGGCAGGUGCGGUGCUGGCGAACAGGUUGACUGAAAUCGAAGGUUGGAAUGUAUUAUUAAUAGAAGCUGGAGGAGAGGAAACUGAACUAUCCGACGUACCUUUGUUGGCUGCCAAUUUGCAACUCACCCAGCUCGAUUGGCAAUACAAAACCGAACCCCAGGACACAGCGUGUUUGGCUAUGAAAAAUCAACGUUGUAAUUGGCCUCGGGGCAAAGUCUUAGGCGGGUCCAGCGUGCUGAACUAUAUGAUGUAUGUGCGUGGAAACAAAAUGGACUAUGACAGCUGGUUACAACAAGGUAAUCCGGGUUGGGGGUACAAUGACGUGCUUUACUACUUCAAAAAAUCAGAAGACAACCAAAACCCGUACUUAACAAAGACGCCUUACCAUUCGACGGGUGGUUAUCUGACGGUAUCUGAGGCUCCAUACAAGACGCCUUUGGCCCAUGCCUUUGUCGAAGCUGGCCAAGAAAUGGGCUACGAUAUCCGCGAUAUAAACGGCGAACGUCAAACAGGCUUUAUGAUACCACAGGGGACCAUCAGAAGUGGGGCUAGAUGCAGUACAGCGAAAGCUUUCUUGAGACCGGUCAGACUGAGGAAGAACCUGCACGUGGCCAUCAACGCUCAUGUCACACGCAUAGCAAUCGACCCCGAGACUAAAGUUGCGUUUGGCGUCGAAAUGACCAAGGACAACACUCGGCAUUUUAUCCGGGCUAAAAAAGAAGUGCUGCUGUCGGCGGGUUCCAUUAGUUCUGCACAGCUGCUUAUGCUCUCGGGCAUAGGUCCUAGGAAUCAUCUGACAGAAAUGGGCAUACCCGUUCUAGCAGAUUUGGAUGUCGGGAAAAAUCUUCAAGACCACAUAGGACUCGGCGGCCUCACGUUUCAGAUAAACAAAGAGGUGUCUCUAACGCUAAAGAGGGUGGAAAACGUCCAAUCGGCCUUAAACUAUGCUACGAUGGGCGAUGGACCAUUGACAGUCAUGGGAGGCGUCGAGGGAUUGGCAUUUAUCAACACCAAAUAUGCCAAUCUGUCAGCUGACAGACCGGACAUCGAGUUACACUUCAUUUCUGGUUCCACCAAUUCUGACGGGGGUGUACAACUAUGGAAAGCUCACGGGCUGAAAGAAGAGUUAUUCAAAUCGGUGUAUGGACCAAUAAUCAACAAAGACGUAUGGUCUGCUAUACCUAUGUUGCUGAGGCCCAAGAGCCGGGGUGAGAUACUGUUGAGGAGCGCCGACCCAUUCGUGUAUCCAAGGAUCCUGCCCAAUUACUUGACGGUCCAAGAAGACGUGGACACGUUAGUGGAGGGCAUCAAAUUCGUGGUGGCCAUGUCCCAGACCACACAGUUCCGCGCAUACGGCAGCCGGCUGUACGGCGUACCGUUCCCGGGUUGCGCCGCCGAGCAGCGGUACACGGACGCCUAUUGGGAGUGCAUGGUCCGGCACUACACGGUGACCAUAUACCAUCCGGUUGGUACCGCCAAGAUGGGGCCUGAGUGGGACAAGACCGCGGUGGUGGACCCGCGGCUCCAGGUGUACGGCGUCCACGGGCUCCGGGUGGUGGACGCGUCCGUCAUGCCCACGCUGGUCAGCGCCAACACCAACGCGCCGGUCAUAAUGAUCGCCGAGAAGGCUGCGGACAUGAUCAAAGAUAAAUGGCUCGGCGAGGAGUAA